UUAGGCGUGUGACAUUGGACAAUAUCGGCUGUAAGUAUAACUUCUAGAAUGAACCCCUUAUUGAUCUUUUUAUUGUUUCUGGGAUUUACUGCAGGUGACGACGUGAUAGACGCAACGAAAGGUCAAGCUAAACUUGGCAAUGAAAAAACAACUCCAUUGCCAGAGAUUGAGGAUAGCGCUGGUCCUGAAGUUGCUAAUGCCAUAGAAAAAAUUGAGCUGAUCGCUGCUUCAGCUGAGAAGUCGCGGAGGGAGGGAAUUCUCCCGGAAGAACAUUCAGAAGAACUGUACGAUGUGAUGGUCGACUCUCUGGUAGAUCUUAUAGAAAUUGUGAAAAAUCCCCAAAACACGUACAGAUUCUUAAACAAAAAAGGCGUCGACCGAAUAAUUACUCCAAUAAUUGGUAUUAAUUACGAUCCUCUGAAGAAACAGUUCCUGUUACUGAUCAAAACACUAUUUAAAGUGACUCCAACGACAACCAAGGCUUUGAUGCCAGCGAGUGUUGUGGAUAAAUUGUUGGAUAUUUUCGUAAAUGACGAUAAUCUAUCAUUAAAGGCGCACGCGGUUGAUAUCAUGGACGUGUGGUUACCGGAGAACCCUAAACUACAAGCCAGGGUGAUGAGGUUGCAGGGUUUGGAACCGUUCUAUCACCAGGUGUCGAAGCUGGACAACUCGGUCGUAGAGACAUUGCUGGGCCUGUUCAAUAAGAUACUUUCAGAACAUGUGAACGCUAGAAGUAACAGAGCACAGAAAACUAAAGGCGAUUUUGAGGAAUUAAGACUCUAUGAAAUGAUCGGUCUCAUUGAAAGAAUGUCUACUCCGACCGUCUGCUACGGUCUUUUGAACAUUAUCGAAGCUUUCUCACCGUUGGAUGAAGAUCAACCAUUCCCUUUAACAAUAUUUGAACUCUUGAAGAAUAUAAAACCGUUUUGCCUCAAUACUUACAGGGGCAGAGCUCAAGCGAUCAAAGUGUUCGGAGAUUUGGCAAAUUUUAUUUCAAACAGAAAAGAAUCGUUUAGAAACUUAACAGAUUUUAGGAUCUUGUUAGAGGAUUACGUUAAAUAUAUUAGAGUUAAAGACGAAUUCUGAUUUCAUAUUAAUUAUAUGAAUACUUUUUCGUUGCGUUUUUUAUUUCAUUCGGACGCUUGUAGUUUGUAAAUCCAAUAAAGCCUAUUUGUGUUCAGUUAUUUUUUAAUAU